AUUGCCGGGUGCCAUAUUAUCCUUGUAGACCUAUACCAUAUCGGUAAUCGGCAUUCAGCAUCAGCAUCAGUCAGCUGUCAUUAUGUCAUUUUUAUCUCCUAAUCUAAUGUCUAAUAAAACUGUAAUUAAAACAAUAAAUAAAGAGCUUAUCAAGUGAACAUAACACAAAACAGCAACAACCCAUCUAUUUCCUUAAUUCUAAAAAAAAUUAAGAUAUCUGGCUUUUCAAAAAGGGAAAACGCUAACUUGCAAAUCUAUAGUGCAAUUUGCGAAAUCUGUAUCACAAUUUUAAAAUGUGCGAAUCAUUAGAGGAUUUGCAAAAACCAUACAAAAUAUGCAGAGUAGAUAAUUGUGGAUUUAGAAUAAAGGCAAAAGUUUAUGGAUUUGGUCCUAAAUAUGCCGUAUUUCAUCUGCUUGCUAAAGCAUGCCCACAUACUGAAGUUUACAAGAUUUCUUUGGGAAGGUUAUUGAAAAUAGAAACUCCUGGUAGUGAUCCCAUUGUUCAGGAUUUUUAUGAAAUAGAUUGGUCGAUUAUGAAUGAAUUCAUUAUAUCAUGGUAUGGCAGUCUUAUACGUGUUGGUGUCUUAAGCAAACAAAAUGUUUUUGAGUUCCGUCAGGAAAGAAAAAUCACUUCAACUGUUAUCGGGUUUGCCAAGUUAACAACAAUGACUGAAAAUGAUCAAUCUGAACUUCGCUUGAGCGACUGGAUAUUUGAAAGUCAACCGGCGAUAGCGAAAGUACCAAGAUGUCUCACGAUAAAUGGUGGCAAACUGCGCUGGAGGUCUUUGAAUGGUGAUAGGCUGCCUGCUAAUGCUGUGAUAGGAGGGUUUCAUAACGAGCUCAUUUAUGUAGCUCGGGCAAAACAUGGAGGAUCCCUUUGUCCUGGAAAAUAUAUACAUUCUGAACGUUGCACUUUUAUUGCAUGGGGAUACAAUGAACACCGAAAGGAUAACUUUGAGAUUCUAUGUGGUAUAAAUUUUAAAUGGGUCAAAUGUGAAGGAAGAAAUAUACCUGAGAAUGCAAUUAUUGGAGGUAUGUCAGAAGUAAAUAAUGAUCCACUGUAUAUAGGCCGUGCUAAGUUUGGCAGCGAUGUUAUAUGCGGCAAAGUACAUGUGUUAUAUGGUACUUGUUAUGUACCGUACAAUGGCAACGAACUUGAAUACCAUUCCUACGAAAUAUUAGUAACGCCAGAUACUCCUCCACGAAGGAUACAAGACUCACAUUGUUUUUGUGUUAACCGUUAAUGUAAUACGCUUGUAAAUUAUUUAUUUAUUUUAAUUAUAAUUUGUUAAGGUUAAUUUAUUUUUUA